AUGAAAAUAGAAAAGGUUGGAGAACGACAUAACCAUCCAAUGAAGCUCCUUGUUUCUAUAAAUUUCAAGUGCCAAGCAUCAUUCGCGAUAAGCCAAGAGCCCGCUGCAGCUUCAUCUCCUUUGUUUGUCUUCUUGUUACCGGUCGCCAGCACCCACAAAUAUGGCGAUAAUGGAAAGGAUGUGUCAGGUUUGGGGACCCUGCGGAUCCAACUGAGGUUGAAAAUCAAUCUAUUUGGCACGAUGCGCCUUACGGACCGUCUCUUGCCCUUGCUCCGCGCCACCGCGGCGCAGAGCUCUUCUCCUCCGCGGGUGGUGAACGUCGCUUCCAUGGCCGGACGGCUGCGACAGCUGAGUCCUGCACUCCAAUCCGAAUUUGCAUCUGAGACACUGGAUCGGCCACGGCUGUUGCGCCUAGUUUUCUCCUUCGUGUCAGCGGUGCAGUCGGGCCGACAUCGCGAGAUGGGUUGGAGCGACUCGAACUAUGGAUUGUCCAAGUUGGCGCUUAUUGCAUACACCCGCCUGCUGGCGCGCGAAGAGCCGCAGCUACAGGUGAACGCUUGCUGCCCCGGUUACUGCUGUACCGACAUGUCCUCGAAUCGCGGUGGCCAAGACCCUGCCGUGGGCGCCCGCACCGUGCUCGCAGCGGAGCGGAGCGGACGCAGCGGAGAGUUCUUUGAGAAUGAGCGGAUCUCGGAGUGGUGA